UUCCUGUUUCUUCGGUUGGUCUGAUCGCAGUCGGCGCGUGCACUCACGUACUGUCUCUGAAACUAGCCACCAUGGGGAGUUGAGGGCAAGGAGGCGACGGGAUGUGUUUUGUUCAUAUUUAGUAACUAAACCAGUCCAUAUGCCGCGUUUUGGAGCACAUUGUUCGCGCCAGUAUUCCCAAUGCAGCGGAUUACGGGGAACGGUCUUCCAGAAACGGGUGAAUUGUUUUCUGGCAAAAUCAAUGCUACAGGAGAAGGUCUGACCUCUGCCUUGAGCAACCAGAGACAUGAGUGUUGUCAGAGAAUUACAUGGGAUUGGGUACAGGAGCGGUGGAGGAGUUGUGGCCUCUCUAAACGGCCCUACUCACUUUACCGAAGAUGCUCCAAGGCCUCCGGUUCCUGGUGAGGAGGGAACUGAUCCGGACCCCCCGGUCCAGUCAGUCAACAACCGUCCAAACACUCUUUGCCAACCCCCAGGAUAUCCCUUGUCUUCAAAAAUGGGGGAUCCGUCAAGUUGCACACCAUCCUUGUCGUCUGCGACCCCACGUCGCCCUGACCUGGACUUGGGCUAUGAACCUGAAGGCUCAGCCUCUCCAACUCCACCUUAUCUGAAGUGGGCUGAGUCUCUACACUCUCUUCUAGAUGACCAGGAAGGCACCCAGCUGUUCAGAAGCUUCCUAUGCCAGGAAGGGUGCGCAGACCUGAUUGACUUUUGGUUUGCAUGCUCGGGGUUCAGGCAGACCAGCCAGGAGAAGAGGCCAAAGCUGGCUAAGGUCAUCUACAGGAAGUACAUAGUCGAUGGAAGUGGGAUCGUCUCCAGGCAGAUCAAAGCAGCUACUAAGAGCUUCAUCAGAGACUGUGUGGGAAAGCCGCAUCCAGACCCGGCCAUGUUUGAACAGGCUCAGACAGAGAUCCAGGCUAUGAUGGAAGAGAACACCUACCCUUUGUUCCUCAAAUCUGAUCUGUACUUGGAGUACACUCGGACAGGAGGAGAGAGCCCCAAGCCCAAUCCCAGUGAUCAGAGCCCUUCAUCGGGACCAGCUAAGCCUCUGGCUGGGUACCUGCCUACUCUUGCAGAAGAUGAGGAGUGGAGGUGUGGAGGUGGAGGGGGAGUUGGAGAAGCGGAAGAAGAGAAAGACGAGGAGUGUGGCGAUACACCAGCUAGUAGGCUCACCCACAGCCUGCUGAUGCAGACGGCACCACAGAGAGCCUCGAGCAGCAGGAGGAGACAGGACAGCAGGGAGUGCAGACCAUGGCGAGAGCCAGUAAACCCGUACUACGCCAACAUGGGCUACGCUCGUGCUCCAGCGACCAGUGCCAAUGACAGUGAGCAGCAGAGCAUGUCGAGCGAUGCAGACACACUGUCGCUGACCGACAGCAGUGUAGAUGGCAUUCCUCCAUACAGAUAUCGGAAGCAGCAUCGUAAAGAGAUGCAUGAAAGUGCCAAAGCCAAUGGCCGUGUGCCCCUACCUCAUAUACCUCGCACGUAUCGCAUGCCAAAGGACAUCCAUGUAGAACCAGAGAGGUUUGCAGCAGAGCUCAUCAGCAGGCUGGAGAGUGUUGUCAGAGAACGAGAGGCUCAGGAAAGACUGGAGGAGAGGCUGAAGAGAGUACGACUGGAAGAAGAAGGGGAUGAUGCGGACAUCUCCGUGACGACCUCUAUGUCUUCUCAUAGCAUACCACUCUCCCUCCCAUCAUCAUUUCCUCCUCUCUAUGGUGCCCGUUAUUCAGAGACCACUGCUAACACAGGGACGGCCGCCACGUAUGGCGGUCUGGUUGCCAUGGAGGACUCACAUGAAGAUGACCCAGAAUCCAUUCUGGAUGAGCAUGUGCAGCGGGUGAUGAAAACACCAGGCUGCCAGUCACCGGGGGCAACCAACAGCAGUUUGGGAGGAGGUGGUCGACACACUCCACCUAAAUCAUCUCGCUCACCUGAUGGAGGAAUCGGGCCGCCUCACUACCCGGCGCACCGAGGUGGGGGUCAUAGUCUCCCUCCUGCUGGAGUCAAAGGUGUGUAUCAUCACAAGCAGCUAUACCACAGAGGAAGAGAAGGCCAGGAGGAGGGGGGCUCUAGGCCUCAGCCAAACUUCAUGUGGAACGGAGAUCCAGCCAAUCAGUACGCAGCAAGAAGGAACUACGCAGACGGAGCAGGGGCCAGCACCCUUGAGGGGAUGGGUUACAGUAGUAAAGGUAGCACAAUGUCACGACGGAGCUGCAAGAAGACAGCAGAGUCAUCGGGCAAAGUUGAUGAGAGUGGGCGUGGCCUGGAAACCCAGGUGCCUAUGGAGGAUCUGGAAAGAAACCAGAAGAUUCUGCAGUGGAUGAUGGAGGGAGAUAGACAACGGAAGAGUUCUCAUGGAAGUAGCACCAGUAGCUCCAGGAGAACAGGAACCAGCAGCGAGUCCCCACGGCCCACUUCAGUGGAGCGACCUGGAGCUGUGCACCCCUGGGUCUCUGCCCAGCUACGUAACAAUCCCUCCUCUGUGUCCACGACUAUUCCCGGCUCAUCCUCCACUCAGGUUCAGCCUUCACAUCUAUUCAUACAAGACCCGGCUAUGCCCCCCAACCCGGCUCCGAACCCCCUCACUCAGCUGGAGGAGGCUAGGAGGAGGCUGGAGGAGGAGAGGAGGAGAGCUGCGUUGCUGCAAGCAAAGCAGAAGCAUAAGUCUGGGAAGCGGCAGGUAUGUGAGAACAUGACGGUGGCGUACUACUUCUGUGGGGAGCCAAUCCCUUACAGAACAUCGGUCAAAGGCCGCGUUGUGACUUUGGGCCAGUUUAAGGAGCUGCUUACCAAAAAGGGCAAAUACAGGUUCUACUUUAAGAAAGUGAGCAACGAGUUUGACUGUGGCGUUGUGUUUGAGGAGGUUCGGGACAACGAUGCCAUCUUGCCUAUCUUUGAGGAGAAGAUUGUCGGGAAAGUGGAGAAGGUCGACUGAAAUUUAAAAACGGGGGAAAGGAUAGGUCGUUUUCUAAAUGAGGACAUGGGAAGAAACCGUUCAGGUUGGAUGACGAAGAAGAUUAACCUGCGAGAGAAUCAGAAUGUUGGGAUGUAAUACGAUGGGCGGAGCAAUGUGCGACGGAAGGAGGCUGUGCUAAGCAGGCCUUUUGUAGUAAAGUGGAUGUCUGCGUCAACGCCUGGAUUAAAACCGUAACUUCAGAAGAAGAAGCCUGGCCAGAUGAUGCAGGAGGGGAGGAGGAGAACAUGGGGUCUUCAUGGUGGAUCUUCAGAGAAGAGAGGGAGUGUGGGGGGGCUGCUGAAAGAAAAGAGAUAAAGUAGUCUUCCACUUCUGCUCUGGAGGAGUCUGUCCUCCGCAGACCAUUACAAUGCUGCUACAUUACCACAGAAAUUCUUCAAUCGGUGCUCGGGGCAGUGAAGAAAAGCAGUUCUGUUCCGUUCUGGAGUCCAGCUGCUGUUUAUCGUCUCCGUUCCUGAUCAGCUGACGAGGGGGAGCAAGAAGAUCAGCUGUGAGACUUGGCCUGCUCCUCAUUUUGUCGAUUCCAUAGUCUCAAAACUGAGAACCUUUACACACCCUUUUGUUCUCAGCUGUCACAUGACGGUCCCUCACAGUAACACAUUCAGACAACACUUCUUUACAUAACUUGUUUACCAAAGCUACGUAUUUUUGAUAAGACAAGUAUUCUAGCGACUUGUGUACAUUUUUAUUUGAUUUGUAUGCAUACAGGGCAGGUACUACCGCUUACCACUGCAGCUUCACUUCGUCAUAUCUCAGUUUAAUAUUGUAUUACUUUGUAUGUUUUGAAAAUAGCUCUUUAGUCGCGUCUGAGCAGCGAUUUUUGUGUCUCCAUGCAGCUGCGCAUCGUUUCUGAAAGGUCUACCUGUCAGUGUGGAUUUUUCUUUUCUUGAACCAUCCGUUUUAGAGAUUAAAAAAAAUAAAUCUCAAACUCCAUAAAUUUUUUUUGAGGUUUCAUGUAAACAUUUUUGCAUCUACAUGCUCAACCUAGUCUGGACCCUGCAGACCUGCACAUGAUCUGGGUAUACUAAAUUAUUAUUUUUUCUUCUAAUAAAUGGUUUAUUAUGUCUGUUUUGUCAAAAUCUCGGGCUACAAAGAGGACUGAUCGAGAAAACUAGUUUGUCAGUCAGGUCUUGGAAACCAUAAAUACUUAAACUAAUUUUUCUGCUUUAGGCACCUUUGUUCUCACCUCCAAGCUCCUCCCCCCAGUGGCAUCGGCAUUACUCUAAAUAGCAUUUUUAUUAGCGUGUUAUCCCGUAUCCAACAUGUAAGCCGAAACUCAGCCAAAGAACAAACUUCCUGUUUUUCUACAUGCAUUUUGUUUUUGUUCUUCACAUCCACCUGAAGGGAGUGUUCCUGUUGCAGUCACAGAGACGUGGGACCUCAUGUUUGAAAUCUGCCCUGUAUCUCGAAUGAUUGGUUUGGAAAAAUCUUUUAAACUAAGUGGAUCAAACUCUCAUAUCUGAAAAAGUACUUAUGAAGCCCAAAGCCGCAGCUGUCUGUUUACAGGACUUGUCUGGAAAGAGACGGGUCCUGGAAAGAGAUUAUUGUCAUAAUCUGACGCUUAAAUGGCUCAAAUAUGCAGGAUUUGCUGUAAUUGGUUAUUUAAUUUCACUUGUAUAGUGAUGAUUUAGUUUUCACAGCUGAUGAUUGGUGAAGUAUUAGUCUAUAGAAUGUUUACUGAAACUUAUUUUGCCUUUCAAAACAAAUGGCAAAUGAAAAAGUGGCAUAAAAAUACACGUGACCACCUCUGGUUCCACACGCACUACUAAACAAAGAGGUAAUUCUAGGUGGAUUUGUUGAAUGUAGACAGAAACAGACAAGCUAUUUAUUAUUUUAAUCAUAAUUUUCUGUAAGUUGUGGCUUCAUAUUUAUUGCACAGACGUGAGUGAUGUGAAAUGACGUCUGACCUUUUGUCGAGGAAACAAAAAGCACAUUUAGUAACCGUGUCUGUGCCUUGCUGCAGGAUUGCCUGGGUUCCAGAUUAACACGAAGCUCCGUGCAGCUGCUGCACUGACACGCGCCAGCUGUGGAAGCUGAAUGUAUUUUUAUUUAGAUUUUGUUGCCCUUAUCCUAAAAAGAAAGACCUAAGUGAACGUAUCAUGUCUGUCCUCUGAAUCGCUCUCCAGCUCUUGUGUAAUCCAUGCUGGUUGUUAACUGAAUGUGAUCGGCGAACAGAGGUUCUGCAGGAAUGUCAAAAACAAUUUGUGCUGGGUUUGUCUUCGCAAGGGAAGCUUCAAAUCAGAAAAAACAAGUUUGUCCUUAAAGCCCUUUAUGCCUUCGAUAUAAAUAUAAAGUUUAUAUAUGUAUUUGUUUAUUAAAAAAACAACCUUAAUAAUCACGGAGCAUGUUCUUUGUAAGGAAUGUUUUCUGGAUGAGUUGAGUUAUCUUUGUUUAUCAUUUCUGUGCAAAUGGCCCUUUUUGUCCACCUGUCUAUUUUAGAAACGGCUCACAUUUGUCAAAAAUAGUUUCUUCUGAUUUAAAGAGAACAUCUCUUAUUUGUCGUGUUGCUGAUUUGUGUGAAACACAGUGCCUUUUAUCAUGUUUAUCACAAUGUUUUAUUGAACCAAUCUGUUUUUAUUGUAAGUGUAGUUCUCAGUCACUCCUGAUGUUUUUUAAAAGCUGCAGUCAUGCCUUUUCUCUUGCUUCUGUUCAGAUCAACCCUGUGCUGUAAAUAUGUACAUUAUCAUUUCAUACUUGUCUUCAGACCUGCACAUGUCCAUGGUGUUUGUUUUUUCAGUGCCAAGAUGUCACUGUGCUGGUUCCACUCGUACAUUUCUUUUAAAAAAGGUACUUCAUAAUAAAGAUGUUGAAUAAA